CUCGUGACUUCCUGUUUAGCUCAACAUGACACACCUAAAUGGAAGUAGAGAGAUAAGGGUAAAGAUUUAAACAGCAAGAGCAAAAAGGAAAAAAAGUACUUUUAAAAAUUACUGCCAAACGCCAUGGACAAGCUGCGACGUGUCCUAAGCGGUGCAGAGGAUGAGGAACAGGGGCUAACUGCUCAGGUCCUGGAUGCCUCCUCCUUAAGCUUCGGCACCAGGGUGAAGUGGUUUGCUGUUUGUUUUGCUGUUGGGAUUGUGUGUUCCAUUCUUGGCACAGCAUUGCUGUUUCUUCCCAGUGGACCCAAACUGUUUGCAGUUUUUUAUACAAUAGGCAAUCUUGCCGCUCUGCUUAGCACCUGCUUUCUGAUGGGGCCAGUUAAACAAAUAAAGAGAAUGUUUGAGCCAACCAGACUGAUUGCCACCAUUGUCAUGCUGCUGUGCCUUGUCUUGACACUGUGUGCAGUAUUCUGGUGGCAGAAAAAAGGACUGGCCAUUAUUUUCUGUAUAUUGCAGUUUUUGGCAAUGACAUGGUACAGCCUUUCCUACAUUCCAUUUGCAAGGGAUGCUAUUAUGAAGUGCUGCACUACAUGCCUAAAUUAAAAAGGCAACAUUUCAAGAGGUUAUUUUAAGUGAAAAUGAAAACUUUUCUGGACAGCUCAGCAAGAUAAGAAUAACGCAAUGUUUUUUUUGUUGUGUACAAUAUAUAUAUGUAAAAAGA